CUCGGAAACGCCACACUUAUCAUGUAGGCGCACUUUUUUAUGGGCUCUACUUGACUAGAAGACAACUUUUGAAACUUUAAAGCUGAAGAUGACACAUUCUUACAGUCAGCGGUCCGUCGUUGUCUUGUCUCUACUGGGGAUUCUAUCGGCCAUUAUGUCCGUUUUAUCGGUCAUUCUGAUAUUCCAGCUGCAGCCUCACCACACGGCCGUCAGGGAGUCCACCCCGUCGGUCGUGCCCCCUCACGUCAGGGCCUUCCUGCCGCCGGUGUCCGCGGUGCUCUCGGCUCUGUCGCUCACCCUCAACCUUAGCGCCGUGGUGGUGUGUCUCCUACACGGCUACUUUUCCACCGAAGUUAGUCGAGGAGAGCUGGACACCGAAAGAGCAGACAGGUUCCUAUUGGACAGCAGAGCCGUGCGACAUGUGGCCAUCGGACUGUUCUGCCUGGGAGUGUCGGUCUAUUUAGCAGCAAUGUCCAUUUUUAUGUUGCUCAUAUUUGAGGCAGAGACGGGUGUCGCCAGCGCUUGCGUCCUGGCCUCCGGCAUUUUGAUCCUCCUAGUGGUGGUGAUCCACUCUCUCGUCAAGGUCUCCCGAGUAGCUAAACGCGGCAGUGUAGACCAUCUCGAAACGCUCUUUUGCAACAAGCACAGAAGCAGCAGCAACAGCCCCGUGUCUUGGCCCUGCGAGCUGAAAAUCGGCGUGGACAAACUGCGAGUGCCCCGCAUACCGUCGCACCUCCAGCAUCACAUGUCGUUCACACCGCCCAGCAGCCCCAGACACCAGCAGCGGCACCACCCGCAGGAAGAGUACUCCCCCGUCGGAGAAGAAUCGCAAGGCCACUCGAGCAACGUGGACGGCCACAGUGGAGCCGGCAGCUGUCCUCGGUCACACAGGAGCUUAUCUUCAGACUCGGUUUUACUAAAGGCUAAACCCUGGAAUGGUGUCAACAACGAGAUGAGGAGUGUCCUGGCCCGCAAAUCGGGAAUGAACGCAAAAGACUCGACGCUUGUGUGAAGAAGAGGAUUUCAAUAAGUGAGUGUGGAAACGCAACUGACUCUUAAUACCUUUAAAGAUUCCAGACCACAUGGAAAUGGAGCUAAAAAUCCACUCAUGACUCUAUUAAGCUUUUUAAAGUUGACUGAUAAAUUAAUUAAAUUGUGAUAAUCUAUUGGAUAUUAUUUGUAAUAUACUUUUAUGCAGUAAAUUAAACUUAGUGUGCCAUGAGAGAUUAUCAAAUGUGCCGCAGAAAAUUAUUUAAUUUGUCAGAAAAUGAUAUUUAAUUUUUUUUUUUUUUUUUUUUUUUACUACAAAUGUAUUUCCGUUCAUCUGUCUAUGCUAGGCACUUAUCGUGACAGUCAGAACACAUAAAUGCUCAACAGUCAAUGUGACUAAAUUGAGAGGAUCAUCAUCAUUAUUUCACUAUAUACUUUUUGUGACUGUGUGUGGGGGGGCUGCCAUGUGUUUUAUUUUUUUUUGUUCAAUGUAAAACAUGUGCCUUGACUCAAUAAAGGUUGGGAAAGACUGUUAUAAUGAGUGGGGAGUAAUGGUACGCAAGAAAUCACAGAUUUUCUGAUUUUAAGGCCACGGUUCACAUUAGGCACCAUAAGGGAGCAAAAUGCAUAACAAAACUCGUGAAAACAGGUACACAUUUUAAACCCCUUUCCUUUUCUAUUGUGCUUGACCUCAUUAGUGUCUGGGGCAAACUGGAGGUAAUUUUAGGUGACUUUGGCCCAAAUGUUUAUGGCUAGCCAUGAUGUUUGCUAGCCAGAGGCUCAAUUUCUUGAUAAAUGUUUCCUUGAUCCAUGUUUGUUGUAAUACAUUAAUGUCUUCUGUGUAUUAUUUAUGUAGAGUGUACGUUAUGGCAAAAUAUGAUUUAUUUUUUAGUACGUUUGGAUCCCAGGGAGCAACCAUUUUAUUUAAUAUUUUUUAAAAUCUCAGCUUUAUUCCUCAGAUAUAUUUUCCAAAUAUUUGUACACACUGUGCCAUCGUUGUUAUGUUGUCUCAAAUGAUUUCUCACCAAUGUGAAUUAAAUUA